AUGGCCACCAACAUCACCUUCCACGCCUCUGGCGUCACCCGCGCCGAGCGCAGCACCCUCCGCAACCAACAAGGCCUCACAAUCUGGCUCACCGGCCUCAGCGCCUCGGGCAAGUCUACCCUCGCCGUCGAGCUCGAGAAGCAGCUCAUCCGCGACCGCGGCGUCCACGCCUACCGCCUCGACGGCGACAACAUCCGCUUCGGACUGAACAAGGAUCUCGGAUUCAGCGAGACUGACCGCAACGAGAACAUCCGCCGUAUCGCCGAAGUCGCUAAGCUGUUCGCCGACUCCUCCUCUGUGGCUAUUACCUCUUUUAUCUCGCCGUACCAGAAGGAUCGCGAUACCGCGCGCCAGUUGCACGAGGUCGCUACUCCCGGUGAAGAGACCGGGUUGCCUUUUGUUGAGGUUUACGUCGAUGUUCCUGUUGAGGUUGCUGAGCAGCGUGAUCCUAAGGGAUUGUACAAGAAGGCUCGGGAGGGUAUUAUUAAGGAGUUCACUGGUAUCUCCGCGCCUUAUGAGGCGCCUGUGAACCCUGAGGUUCAUAUUAAGAACGUGGAUUUGCCCAUUGCCGAUGCUGUUAAGCAGAUUAUUGAUUACCUUGACUCCAAGGGAUACUUGCCUGUCAAGAACUAG